AUGACCGACCCCUACCCCCAGCACCAACAACAACAGCCAUACCCCUCUCCCGUCCCAAACAGCGAGACUCCGUACUACUCUCCCCCGGACGGCGUCUACCAGCACGCAGGAUACGACUACGAACCGCAACAGUUCUACAACCAGCAUGCACUGCCGAAUCAAGAUCCCGCUUAUAGUUCUCAGUACGACGUGAGCCAGAUUCCUCGGUCAUAUCCGACACAAUGGAAUCCGCAGGCUGCUAGCAGCAACACCAAUCUCAGCAGUGUUAAUAAUGAGUCUAAUACUGCUGUUCCGCAAUAUGAUCCCGAUCGUCUGGCACCGGGCUACGAACCGCCUGUUCGGAGGGGGAGUAAUGCUGAGUAUUAUGCCCAAUCCGCCGCAGACAUGCAAGCCCCUCCUCCUCCUGCUCCUUCAGCCCCGGAGACCGAACAGCAACCCCGCGCCUACGAUAAUGAUCCUACCACCGCUGGUGGUGCUGCUGCUGCCGGUGAAGAAGUAGAAGAAGGCGAGCGCAGCCUCGGCGGAGCUGUCCUGGGCGGCGCGACGGGGUAUUAUCUGGGACAUAAGAAAGACCAUGGACUUCUGGGAGCGGUUGGGGGUGCGAUCCUGGGGAAUUUUGUCAGUAAUAAGAUGAAGAAGAAUGAUAGUGAUGAAGAGGUCGAGGAAGUGGAGGUUGAUGAUGAUCGCGAGACGGAGUAUACGAGGUAUCAUAGUAGUCAUUAUCGGCGGUCGUCGAGUCAUGGACAUGGACAUGGACAUCAUCACCAUCACCACCAUCACCAUCAUCAUGGACAUGGGCAUCGGAGUCGGAGUCGAAGUCGGUAUGAGGAGGAGGAGUGGUAG